UUUCGGGUAAAACCCAUUUAUGCGAGAUUCUAUCAUAUCUCUCUCUACAAACAUCUUCCUCAAUCUCCUUCACCACGUCGUCCCAAUUCCUCAUCAACCCAUUCCAGUCCUCCACCUUGACGGCUGAGAUCCUCUUCACAAGUGUGCGGACUAUGUAGGAGCGGUAGGCGGACGGCAUCUUCACAGCGUCGGAGAGAAUGGAGGAUUUGUAGCCCGUGGAUUGGAUAGAAGCAAUUUGUGAAGGGUUUGGAUUUGAGCUUGUAUUGCAAUCAUCGGAGAAGAAGAGGCGCGUGUGCGCGUGUACAAAGCGUUAGAUCUACUCCCGUGAGCGCGUGACAGCGAGUGGUCGUAGAAGUUCAUUCCGGCGGUGGUAGUCUGUGCUCGAAGUUCAGUCCGACGGAGAUGGUGGCGAUGGUGGCCUGCGAAUACGUCUCUCUCUCGAUUAGGGACUGCUAUUUGGGAUAUGAAGCUCCAAAAUUGAGGAAGCUUGCUGACAAAGUUGGAGCUGCUGGAUUCUAUGUGGUGGUUCCUGACUUCUUAUAUGGAGAUCCCUAUGUACCUGAUAAUGCUGAAAGGCCUAUACCGGUUUGGAUAAAAGAUCACGGACCGGAUAAAGGAUUUGAAGAUGCAAAACAAGUAAUUUCUGCUCUAAAAAGUAAAGGUGUAUCCAAAAUUGGAGCUGCAGGCUUUUGUUGGGGCGCCAAGGUUGUCGUGGAGCUAGCAAAGUGUGCCUAUAUCCAAGCUGCAGUGAUGUUACAUCCUUCAUUUGUCACUUCAGAUGAUAUCCAGAGGGUUAAGGUUCCAAUUUCCAUACUGGGAGCUGAAAUUGACAAACUGUCUCCACCAGAGCUCUUGAAAAAGUUUGACGGGGCCCUAAAUGCUAUGUCUGAGGUUGAUCACUUUGUGAAGAUAUUUCCGGGAGUUGCACAUGGCUGGACCGUGAGGUGCAAGGAUGAAGAUGAAGCAGCUGUGAAGUCUGCAGAAGAGGCUCACCGGGAUAUGUUGAAUUGGUUUGAUAAGUAUCUAAAGUAAGAAACAUUGUUAGGUCAUAUGAAUACUUUUCUGAGGUGUAAUAACUCGGCUGCCGCGGUUAAAUUAUGCAGCAGUUAUAUGUAGUAACUUGAUUGUACUCCCUCCUCGAUGGAUUGUUUGGUUUAAAGAUGUUUAAUAUGUAGUAA